AGUAUUUACAAGCUAAGAAGCAGCUUAACUACUGAAAAUUUUGUAGAAUUCAAAACACAGCGAAAAACAAACAAAUAUAGUGAAACCUAGGUUGUUUCAGAAUGCAUAUUUGUUAUAUAUUUGUUAUAACAAUCUGCACACUUUCAAUUGUUGUAAAUGUGGAAAGUAAGAAGUAUAUGCGAUGUGAACUGUCGAGAGAAUUGGUGGAGAAAUACCAAAUUAGCAAAACAUUCCUAUCUAACUGGAUUUGUUUAAUUGAACAUGAAAGUGAUAGAGAUACGAAAAAAAAGACAACCUUAUCUAAUGGUGAAAAUAAGUAUGGCCUCUUUCAAAUAAGUAGCAAAGAAUGUGGAGCGGGGAACAGACUUCAAGCCUGUGAUACAACAAAAUAUCCCUGUUGCCAAAUGAAAUGCGAAGAUUUCCUGAAUGACGAUAUUUCCGAUGACGUCCACUGUGCUAAAAGAAUAUUUGAACUUAAAGGUUUUCGAAACUGGAAUGCUUGGAGUACAUACUGCCGCAACACACAAAAUCUACCAAAUCUAAGUGUGGCUUGUAACAUUAACUCAGUUACACCGCUAUCGCGAUUCCUCUCCUACAUGAGCUCCAGUGUAAGACAAUAAUAUAGAACAAUAUAAUAAUUACAGGAAUGACGAUAAUCUUCUAAAAAAUAAAAAUUUAAGCAAAAUUACUCAUAAUCGAAGGAUUCAAAAGUAAUUCACAAUAUCCAUAAAAUAAAAUAUUAAAUUUUUUUAUCAUGCAAAUUUAAAAAAAUUUCACACAAUAAAUCAAAAAUUUAUCAAAUUCAAUAUGAAAAUAUAAA